AUGGAUCCAAAAGAAAAGAUUCGGAAAUUGCUUCAAAGUGGUGAAUAUACGUUAUGUGAUAAACCACAAUCACAUGCUAUUUGGUGGAACAAUUUUAAUCGUAGUAAAGGUAAAGAUAAUGAAAUCAUUAAUUAUGUACAAUGUGUACGGUGCAAGAAGUUAUUAGCUUAUGAACCGAAAAAUACUGGCUCAAGUACACUUAAAAAUCAUGCAUCUUCUUGUAAAUUUGAAUCUAGUUCCACAACAUAUUCUAUCGAAAGUAUGUUAAUAAAAAAUGAUAAUGUUCCUUCAGAUAUUAAACGACUCGUUAUUGAUGCGUGUGCUAAAAUGUGUUCUUAUGAUAUGAGACCUUAUGAGAUGGUUUCAGGCAAAGGUUUUGAAUUGUUAUGUAAUACUCUUUUGGAUAUUGGAAGAAAAAUGAAUAAACCAAUUGCUGCAACAACAAUUAUUCCGGAUCCGACAACUGUGUCACGUAGAGUACAGGUAUUAGCUGAAGAAUGUCGAAAACAAUUCAUUUCAACUCUUGCUGAACAUUUGAAAAAUGUCAAGAUGAUUGGUGUAACUAGUGAUUAUUGGAAAAACUCCUACACUUCUGAAUCUUAUCUUACAAUUACUCUUCAUUAUCAUUUAAAUGGAAAUAUUCGAUCAAUUGCUCUUAAAACUAUUCAAAUAACAUCGUCGAAAACAGGAGUUACUCAUUUUAAGAAAUGUGAGUUGCAGAAUAAAUUAACACAUUCUCUUAAAAAAGAUGUUGAUACAAGAUGGAACAGUGUUUUGGAAAUGCUCAACUCCAUUGAUAAAGUUUUUACUCAAGUUAUUUAUAUUCUUGCUGAACGGAAAGAAGAAUAUUAUACCGAUGAUAUUGGUAUUAAUCUUAUUCGUGAUCUUAUAGUUUUACUUGAACCAUUUAAAACUGGCAGUGAGAUAUUAUCAGCAGAGAAUGAACCAACAUUGCAUUUGGUUCUUCCUUUCGUGAAAAGAUUCAAGCAAACAUGUGAAAUAAAGGAUUCAGAUACUGAAACAAUCAAACAAGUCAAACGUGCAUUACGAGAAAAAUUAGAUGAGAAAUUAUGGUUAAGUGAUCUUCAUUAUAUUGCAACUUUUUUAUGUCCCGAAACAAAAUCUCUUUUGAGUCUGACAAAAUCAGAACGAAAUGAUGUUAUCAAGAAGGUGCGAACUCUUUUGAAAACUCUUGGUAUAGGCAAACAAGUUGAUGAAGAAAUACUUCACGAACACACCAACAAUAGUUCUACAAAAAAUAAAAAACGUAUUAAAAUUGACACCGUACACGAUGUUCUAAAGUCUUUUAAUGGAUCUAUAAGCUCAUCAUCGGACGACGAUGAUAAUGAAUCUCAGGAUGAAGUAGCUCAUUAUAUUAAAGCAAAAAUAUCGUAUCCUAAAGGAGAAUCCCUCUUAAGAUGGUGGCAAAAUCAUUCUAUUAUAUAUAAGAAGUUAUCUUUAUUGGCAUGUUCUCUUUUGGCAAUACCUGCAAGUUCUGCUGCGUCUGAACGAAUCUUUAGUCGAACAGGGCGCAUUCUUGAAGCUCGACGUCAACAACUAUCACCUGAAUCACUCGAUUCACUUCUUUUUUUAAGAAACUUUUAA